GAGGACCUGCCCCUCAAGGGUGUUGAGCAGCGGUCCAUCUCUCUGGAGGAGCUGCAGGGCGCCCUGGAGGCGUUCCUGGUCAACACCACCCAGGGCGUCAUGCCCCUCACGCAGGUCGAGGACCACCCCAUUGCGGACGGGCGGCCGGGGAACCUAUCGCUGGCCCUGCAGGCGGUGCUCAUCAACGACAGGGUGCCCCGGGAGGGCAGCGACCGGCACACGCCGGUGCCGUAUGGCGGGCUCACCGGCAUGCGGUCGCAGCUGACCUAG